AUGAAAGCCAUGAUAUGCACCUCACGAGCGCUACUUCGUCGUCCAAUCCACCGAUUUCUCCUUCUUGUUUCUAUCCUGUUCCAUGUUUUCGAGGUUACACAAAUCCUGCGUUGCCAUUCGGGCCCUACGAGCGAGUUCGUUGCACAGCGAUCGGAACGAGUAUACAUUGCCAGUAUACACUGGAACAGCGAGCAGAUUCUGCGGAGUCAUUGGAACGAUGCUGUGAUUGCUUUAGCAGACGCGCUCGGCCGAGAGAACGUCUUCAUUGCCAUCUACGAAAGCGGGAGCUGGGACGAUAGCAAAGACGCCCUCAGGGAGCUUGACGCGGUGCUAGCGGCACUUGAUAUCAGGCGAAACAUAACUCUCUCGGAAACUACUCAUCUGGACGAGAUCUCGGUAACGGAGAAGGGCUCCGGCUGGAUCGACACACCUAGAGGAAGAAGAGAGCUCAGACGGAUACCCUAUCUUUCUAGGCUUCGCAACUGGAUUCUUUUGCCCUUGCAGGAGCUAGCUCGGCAGGGAGAGCAGUUUGAUAAAGUUCUUUUUCUGAACGACGUUGUGUUCGAUACGGACGACGUCUUCCGAUUGCUUAACACAAACGACGGAGACUUUGCAGCCGCUUGCUCACUGGACUUUAGUCGUCCUCCGCAAUUCUACGACACAUUUGCGCUCCGAGAUGCCGAGGGCCAUGAACCACUUAUGCAGACGUGGCCGUACUUCCGAGCCAAGGAGUCCCGAGAAGCGAUGUUGAGAAAUGACCCAGUGCCUGUGACUAGUUGCUGGAACGGCAUAGGUGAGUUUAGGUACUGUUAG